AUGGAAAUUCUCUCAUGUAGAUCUGGACCAUGCUGCCAAGUAGUGGACUUGAACUGCAAAUUGGUUGACAAAUGUUUGAAUUCACGUCCUUCAAGGUUUCCCAUUUAUGGAGAGCGUGGAGUUUGUUAUACCAAUACAAUUUCUAGAAGCGGCUCAGUGAGAGUUCAUGAUAAUAAGGAGCAGCAAAGAGAUUUUGGGUCUCUGAGUGUUCUUGAAGGGUCCAAAAGAAUCAAUUGCAAGGCCUGCAGUGAUAGUUAUGAUGGCUAUGUGAUUGGUGAUGAAAAGGAUUUAACAGAUAUUUCAGGGAUGGAAGAGCCUGCUGCAACUACCAACGUUGUCAUUCCUGGUCUGCCAGAUGGAUCAAAUGGUGAAUGUGGUGCUCCAAUAAGUAGUUAUUUUUGGGAAUGGAGGCCUAAACUUAACGUUCACUAUGAGAAGGCAGGGUGUGAGAACGUGGAUUCCCCAAAUGUUCUCUUUCUUCCUGGUUUUGGUGUUGGCUCUUUUCAUUAUGAAAAGCAACUGAGAGAUUUGGGGCGUGACACUAGAGUAUGGGCAUUGGAUUUUCUAGGCCAAGGAUUGUCCUUGCCGUUUGAAGAUCCUGCUCCUCACUAUACUAAGGAAGGGGCUACAUCAAAUGGAAAUGCUUCUUCUUCAUGGGGCUUCGGAGAUGAAACGGAACCAUGGGCCACUAAGCUUGUAUACUCUAUUGAUUUGUGGCAAGAUCAAGUUCGGUACUUCAUAGAAGAGGUUGGUGACAUGCUAUUUGAUAACAACCAGCUGGUCAUUGGUGAACCAGUUUACAUUGUGGGCAACUCACUAGGAGGAUAUGUUGCAUUGUAUUUUGCCGCACGUAACCCUCAUUUAGUGAAAGGUGUCACACUUCUUAAUGCAACACCUUUUUGGGGGUUUCUUCCUAAUCCUAAAAAGAAUCCACGCCUAGCAAAAAUUUUUCCAUGGGCUGGAACAUUUCCCCUACCAGCAAGUGUAAGGAGACUGACAGAGUUGGUGUGGGAGAAAAUCAGUGAUCCUGCAAGUAUUGCUGAGAUACUUAAUCAGGUUUAUGCAGACCAUUCAAGGAAUGUAGAUAAUUUAAUUUCACGCAUAAUAGAAACUACACGGCAUCCUGCAGCAGCAGCAGCAUUUGCUUCAAUUAUGUUUGCUCCCCAGGCAGAAUUAUCUUUCAAUCAAUCGUUAUCUAGAUGUCGAAAAAAUAAUGUGCCAAUCUGCCUCAUGUAUGGAAAAGAAGAUCCCUGGGUAAAGCCACUUUGGGGACUCCAAGUUAAAGGGAAGGUGGCUGAAGCUCCAUAUUAUCAAAUCAGCCCUGCUGGUCAUUGCCCUCAUGAUGAAAUCCCUGAGGUCAUAAAUUUCUUGUUACGUGGGUGGAUCAGAAAUGUAGAGUCUCAAGGUUCUAUCUCAUUGCCACUGCUUGAUGAUCUAGUCUGUCUGAAAGAAGCUAAUGUCUGGGAGUUAGAAUUCUGUAGAGAAGGUUCAAGAAAAUCAGCUAUGGUGAGAUUCUUCGGCUCCAGAAUCUCGCUUUUGGAUAGACUAAGAUCUUACAUCGACAACCCACGCCCCAAGUUGAGAAAUUCAGCAACUAAAUCUCAAUGA